AUGUUAGAAUCCAUUCUUCCUUUAAAGGGAACUUCCAGAUCGACUGGUGAACCUCUUUUUCCUGCUGAGAUCUUCACUAACUAUGAUUCCUCUAUCACUGGACUUAUAAAGUGGAACUUGGACGAUUGCGUCUUCGGAUUUAAAAGCAAUUUCCUCAUAGACAAGGUUACAGGGCAGAGUUCAGUAGAUUUACCCCCUUCAAAGGUCGAGCACUCUUUGCAGAGGCCAACCAAAGAGAAGAAAAAGGAAGGCGAGCGUAAAAAGUUAAGGCGUCCAACUUAUCCUCCGAGGCUUGCUCAAAUGUUUGGUGAUGGGACUAAUGAGGAAGUUUUUGAGGAUCAUAGCCAUAAGGAAGAAAAGAUUAGGCCUUCCAAGGAAUUGAGGGCAGAACGUGUCAGUGUUUUCCAGGGUAAUCUUUACCAGAAAGUUAAAGUGAAGUCUCCUGACAAAUCAGGGAAGUUCAUAGUUAACUGUAGUGAUGAUGGGCUGAAACUUGAGAUUUCCACGCCUACCAAAAGUGGUGAGGAGCCUGGCAAGGUUGUGAAGGAGCUUCCUGUUUCUCAAGUUAGUCAGGUUAAGACCACUUCCCAUAACAUUAACCAACUUGAAAUCACUGUAUCAAAUGUAGUAUACACCUUCACUUUCAAGUCUCGUGAGGAUCGUGAGCGGUGGCAGAACAACUUUGAUGAAUUUAGAAAGUUUAGUAGACUAAUACAAUAA